GGGUCGGUGGCGUAGUUGGUUAUCGCAUCUGUCUAACAUCGCGUUCACAGAAGGUCCUCAGUUCGAACCUGGGCCGACUCAUCUUUUGCCAGUCGCGACUAGCUGGGCGUCCAAUCGGUCUGUUUCAAGCACACUUAGACUACGAUCGACCGCCACCGUGACCUUGUUCAGGCUGCCGUGAUACACUGAGUCAUUCCUCAACGUCUUGCCCUACACGCGUCGUGACUGCGCCUUGGACGAGGAACUGUUCUGACAUGGACGCCGAACAGCCCAAUUCACCCGCUGGCCAGCCUCACCUUGUCUCUCUCGUCCUGCAGUCCAAGAAAGCACUGCAACAUGGUGAAGCACUGUGCUCCAAGGCCAGCGCGCUCUCCUCGGCAUCAGCCCAAACCGCUGUGGAUGUCAUGAGCCUAGACGCGAAGGUGCAAUGGAUCAAGAACGCGGUCGUCGAGCAGCUGAAGAUGGCAGCGCAAGUGGCAAAGAUAAUCCAGACGAAGCGAACGCAGCUAGAGAUGGUCGCGCAGGGAUGGGACACCCUGCGUACUCAGCGCACAGACGCGCUUGACACCAUUCUCGAAACACUGGGAAGCCAAGUCGUCCCACCCGACUUCCAUACUACACCCUCAUCGGACGUCUCUCCGUUCGGUCUGCCUCAAGAUUCAGACGAGGAGAACGAUAGCGGAGGGCCGUCUGCAGACCCGCGACCGGGCACUAGCCCGACAGACACGCUCAGAAACGUCUCGCGCUAUACAAAGCCGCGCGUGAACGGAGUGCAGAAGGACCGGAGUAGCUGGAAGACAUUGCGAGACUUCGUGGACGAACGUGCCAUAGAGGACAUGCUAGAUAGGGUUGACAGUGACCGUAACGCACUGGACACGUUGUUUGCGCGAACAUCUGACCAACCAGAAUAUCUUAUGGCAUCCAUAGGAGCAAUUGAAGACGACAUGCCCGCUCAGACGUCGCUUCCACUGUUCGACAACAUAUUCACAGCACAGGAAGAUGCCAAGGGCAAUAUGGCCGCGCAUCUUGAGAGCCUGGCAGGCCACUAUGACCAGAUGACGGCAAUACUGCAUGACCAUGAAGCUGGCGAGCAGUUCAGCGAAGAGGACAUACAGGAGAUGAACAGAGACACGGAAGAGCUACCUGCUAUCCUCUCUGAAUUGGAGCAGAACGUGAAGGCGAUAGAGGACACUCACGAGCAGUUGUUGACGGCCAAACGCGCAGCCGAACAACAUACAGAGACACUACGACGCACGCUGGACGACCUAGACGAGCUCGGUGGCAUCAUGACAGACAUGCUCGAGCAGCAGGAAGCAGUCGAGAACGAGAGCACAGAGCACCUCAACCUUCUGCAUGACCACUUGGUCACGAUCGAGGAUCUCCACCACCGCUACACUUCAUACGAGUACGCCUACAACAUGCUUCUCCUCGAGCUGGCUCGCCGGCGCCGAUACCGCGAGGACGCAGAGCGAUUAGUCAAGAGCAUGAUAUCUCAGCUUGACACCAUGGCCGAAGAGGAGCUCCAGCUGCGCGAAGAGUUCAAGGCGGCUCAUGGCCAGUACCUCCCGGACGACGUAUGUUUGUACGUGCAGAAUGCUCCGACUCGCUGGACAGUCGUCCCACAAGAUGAGGAGCAAGUCGAGGUCCUUGCCGAACUGGAGAGCGAUCUGCUUGAGAGGGCCAGGUCGAGAAUACGGAGGGCAGAGGGCGGUGGUCUUCAGGUCAACGGGAGUCAGUCUCUGUAGUUUCAAGUGCUGUUCCUUUGAGUGUAGCACAACCGUGAGUACACGGAUGCCGCCGUACGAGAUCCGAGGCAUGGCUGUUAUGUACAUAGCUAUGAUAUGCUCUCAAGGGCGUUCUGUACUGUCCCAAAACAAUGCUAGCAGGCAACAAAAUGAGUCGGCCCAGGAUCGAACUGAGGACCUUCUGUGGCCCAUAUGUACAUGAAUGACUAUGUUAGACAGAUGCGAUAACCAACUACGCCACCGACCCAUG